CUGCUUACGUCCUCCUCGUCGUCUCCCCAACCGCGCGCGCCAUUAAAGGAGCCCGGCCUCUGCUUCUAGUAGAUGCACGCCAAGGAGCGCGCGGCCGGCCAUGGUGGCCAGGCUAGCUAGCCUGGUGCUGCUGCUGGUUUUUCCUCCCAAGCCCGCAUUCAAUAACACGCUGGAGCAUUCAUGGCCCCCUUUCUGAUGGUAGAUGGCGAGCAUUUACGCCGCCACGGUACGAGCCGAGAGCCGAGCUCUCCCCCUCGCUCCCCCGCUAUAUAGCGCUCCGCCACCCACUACCCCUCACUACCAUUGCUCUCAUUUCCUCAGCUCAGCACCUACACCCACACUGACAGCUGGUUCAUCUCUGGCUGCUGGUGGUAGCAGCGGCGGCGGCAGCAACCAAGAAGGGAGAUGGAUGUGAAUGACGUGCUGCUGGUGGUGCUGGCGGCGGCGCUGGCGGCGAUGUGGUGGCGGCGGUGCUCCAAGACCGGCGGCGUGGACGGCCUCCCGCCGGGGCCGCCGGGGUGGCCGGUGGUCGGGAACCUCUUCCAGGUGAUCCUGCAGCGGCGACCCUUCAUGUACGUGGUGCGCGACCUCCGGGAGAAGUACGGGCCCAUCUUCACCAUGCGGAUGGGCCAGCGCACCCUCAUCGUCGUCACCUCCGCCGACCUCAUCCACGAGGCGCUCGUCAAGCAGGGCCCCAUGUUCGCCAGCCGCCCCGAGGACAGCCCGACCCGCCUCCUCUUCAGCGUCGGCAAGUGCACCGUCAACUCCGCCCCCUACGGCCCGCUCUGGCGCGCGCUCCGCCGCAACUUCGUCGCCGAGAUCGUGUCGCCGCACCGGGUCAAGGCCUUCUCCUGGAUCCGGGAGUGGGCCGUCACCGCCCACCUCCGCCGCCUCCGCGCCGAGCACGCCGCCGCCGGCGCCGUCCGCGUCAUGGCCAGCUGCCGCCUCACCAUCUGCAGCAUCCUCAUCUGCAUCUGCUUCGGCGCCAAGAUCCCCGACGACCUCAUCAGGGAGAUCGAGGAGGUGCUCAAGGACGUCAUGAUGAUGACCAUGCCCAAGCUCCCGGACUUCCUGCCCCUCCUCACGCCGCUCUUCAGGAAGCAGCUCACCGAGGCGCGCAACCUGCGCCGCCGCCAGCUUGCCUGCCUCGUGCCUCUCGUGCGCGCGCGCCGGGAGUUCCUCCGGGACGGAAACAAGAAGGCGGUGGACGGCGGCGUGGAGAUGAUGAGCGGACCCGGCGAGGCGUACGUGGACUCGCUCUUCGACCUCGAGCCGCCCGGCCGCGGGAAGCGCCUCGGCGAGGACGAGCUCGUCACGCUCUGCUCCGAGGUCAUGAGCGCCGGCACGGACACUAGCGCCACCGCGCUCGAGUGGGCUAUGAUGCACCUCGUCCUCGACCCCGCCGCGCAGGAACGCCUCUACGACGAGGUCGUCGGCAAGGUCGGCAAGACCGCCCGGAUCACAGAGGCCGACGUCGAGGCCAUGCCCUACCUGCAGGCGGUGGUGAAGGAGACGUUCCGGCGUCACCCGCCGAGCCACUUCGUGCUGUCGCACGCGGCGACGCGGGACACGGAGCUGGGCGGGUACCGGGUGCCGGCGGACGCGAGCGUGGAGUUCUACACGGCGUGGGUGACGGAGAACCCGGCGACGUGGCCGGACCCGGAGGCGUGGCGCCCCGAGCGGUUCCUCGAGGGCGGCGAGGGCUUCGACACCGACAUCACCGGCACCCGCGCGCUCCGCAUGAUGCCCUUCGGCGCCGGCCGCCGCAUCUGCCCCGCGGCGACGCUCGGCGUGCUCCACAUCCAGCUCAUGCUCGCCAACAUGGUGCGCGAGUUCCGGUGGGUGCCCCCCGCCGGCGAGGGCCCGCCCGACCCCACCGAGACAUUCGCCUUCACCGUCGUCAUGAAGAACUCGCUCCGCGCCGCCAUCGUCGAGCGGGCGGCGUAACGCCGGCCGGUUGUCUCAGAUUGCCACGUACGUGUACGGGAUGGUAAUUAUGGCGGGGGUUAAUUUGGUGCGGCCGCGGUAUAAAUACUACUACUACUCCACGGUGAUCGGUGGAUCGAUCGUAGCUGUUGGUUGGUUGACGGACGGACGGAUGGGAUGUGCAAGCACGAUGCUAUCAUAAAUUCUUUCUUCUAGCGUUCUCUUUUCUUCUCUUGAUUUGAUGAUCCAAAAAUGUACGUACUACCUACUACCGAUGCUCGAUCUGCUCAUAUAUAUUGGUUGUCAACUUGUCAAAAAUAACCAUUGAUUUCUUUUUUUAAAAAAAAAAGAUAUGUCCAUUAA